AUGCGUCUUUCUAAUGCAACUAAUAUUAAAUCUGCAGGAGAUUCGAAUUGUAAAAAUUUCAGUUCGAAAAAUUCCUCUAAAUAUUCUUUAAUGGAUGUCCAAGAAAGAAAUGAAAAGAAAAGUUCCUUAAGUUCCUUCCAUUCCAAACAAAUUAUAUUAAUUUUUGGAAUAAUAUAUGUGGCCUUAUUGAAUGUUUAUAUAUGUGGAGACAAAUACCAACAAGAUGCAGAUUAUAGUUUUACAGAAGGUAGAGUUUUAGCUCAAUGCGAAUUUGCUUGUACAAAUAACACAAAGACUUCAUUAAGGAAAUGUGCGCAAACAACAACAACAAGCGCCGACCCAGAAGGACAAAUAAUGAAAGCCUGGGCAGCUGAUCCAGAAUAUCGUAAACACAUAAAUGUCCUUUACCAAAUAUUAACUCACACAGAUCCAAAUGAUGAAACUAGCGCAGACCCAGAAGGACAAAUAAUGAAAGCUUGGGCUGCUGAUCCAGAAUAUCGUAAACACGUAAAUGUUCUUUACCAAAUAUUAACUCACACCGAUCCAAAUGAUGAAACUAGCGCAGACCCAGAAGGACAAAUAAUGAAAGCUUGGGCUGCUGAUCCAGAAUAUCGUAAACACGUAAAUGUUCUUUACCAAAUAUUAACUCACACCGAUCCAAAUGAUGAAACUAGCGCAGACCCAGAAGGACAAAUAAUGAAAGCUUGGGCUGCUGAUCCAGAAUAUCUUAAACACGUAAAUGUUCUUUACCAAAUAUUAACUCACACCGAUCCAAAUGAUGAAACUAGCGCAGACCCAGAGGGACAAAUAAUGAAAGCUUGGGCUGCUGAUCCAGAAUAUCUUAAACACGUAAAUGUUCUUUACCAAAUAUUAACUAACACAGAUCCAAAUGAUGAAACUAGCGCAGACCCAGAAGGACAAAUAAUGAAAGCUUGGGCUGCUGAUCCAGUAUAUCGUAAACACGUAAAUGUUCUUUAUCAAAUAUUAACUCACACAGAUCCAAAUGAUGAAACUAGCGCAGACCCAGAGGGACAAAUAAUGAAAGCUUGGGCUGCUGAUCCAGAAUAUCGUAAACACGUAAAUGUUCUUUACCAAAUAUUAACUAACACAGAUCCAAAUGAUGAAAGUUCCUAA